ACAGACGAACGGCAAGUUGUGAACGGCAGCCGUCGCCACCUAUCGACGACAGUCGUCAACGCGUCGGCGGCAGCAGUCAAUACGUCGACGGCUGCCGCCGGCAGGCGACCACGGCUGCCGUCGACAGGCGACAACGCUUGCCGCGAGUGCCGCAUGCUAGCAGUCUUGGUCGGCUUGUACAGGAGCCAGUUGCAAAAUGGCGUCCGAUGAAGAAACAUUGUUAUUGCUUUUACUCCGCCAUCGCCGACGACAACGAAAAAGAAAGACACGUUCAGUGUGGGUUGAAGAAAUAUUAAUGUAUAGAGAACAAGAGGGAGAUUUUUAUACACUGUAUCCACGUUUGCGAAGGUCCGAAAAAAAAUUUUUCAAUUACUUUCGAAUGUCAAUCGCUUCUUUUGAUGAGUUGACAUCUAUUUUGAAACUUUCAAUAUCUCGCCAAGACACUGUGAUGGGAAAAAGUAUACCAGCUGAGCAAAGACUCGCUAUGACAUUAAGGUUCUUAGCAACUGGCUGUUCAUUUGAAGAUCUACAGUAUGCAUAUAGAUGUGGAAUUUCCACAAUAAGCAACAUAAUAAAAGAUGUCUGCCAACAAGUAUGGUUAAAUAUGAGAGACGACAUUUUACGACAAAAUAUAACCGAAGAAACUUGGAAAAGGAUUGCUGAUAGAUUUGAAAGACACGCUCAAUUUCCUAACUGCAUAGGCGCAGUUGAUGGCAAGCAUAUAAGAAUAUUUAAGCCCGGAAAUAGUGGAUCAUCUCAUUACAAUUACAAGAAUUACUUUUCAAUUAUACUUUUAGCUAUCUGUGACAGUGAUUAUAAAUUUAUAUUUUGUGACAUAGGUUGUUACGGACGACACUCUGAUUCAACUAUUUUUGAAGAUACAAUUUUUUUCACAAAGCUACAAGAAAAGUCACUCAACAUUCCAAAGCCCAGACCGAUUUCAACUGAUGGAUGUACCUUGCCUUAUGUUUUAAUUGGAGAUGAAGCAUUCAGUUUAUCAGAAAAUUUGUUACGGCCAUAUCCAGGCAAGAGAUUGACAGAAAAGAUGAGAAUUUUUAAUUAUCGCUUAACACGUGCAAGGAGAUAUGUAGAAUGUUCAUUUGGCAUUUUGACCAAUAAGUGGCGAAUCUUUCACACCCCCAUGAAGUUAUCUUUAGAAUUCUGUAAAGAUGUUGUUAAAGCAUGUUGCAUAUUGCAUAAUUUUGUACGUGACAGAGAUGGUUUUACAUUUGAAGAUACACUAACUAUAAACGGUUUGGAAAAUAUAGCCACAAUCCCUAAUGAAGGGGACUCGUUAUCGGGUCCGAUAAUAAGAGAAAAAUUUUCAGAUUAUUUUAGCAGUCGUGAAGGCAGUGUUUCGUGGCAGUUGGAUUGCAUAUAAAACAAAUAGAUAGUAUCUCCAUUAUUAUAUGUAAGAAAUAAUCUGCUUAAAAUUCAAUAAAAUAUUUAAUAAAAAGUCACUUACCGAU